AUGUGUUGUAACUACGGGAACUCCUGUGGCUAUGGCUGCGGCUAUGGCUCAGGCUAUGGCUGUGGCUAUGGCUCAGGCUGUGGCUGUGGCUAUGGCUCAGGAUGUGGCUGUGGCUAUGGCUCAGACUGUGGCUGUGGCUAUGGCUCAGGCUGUGGCUGUGGCUAUGGCUCUCGUUGUGGCUGUGGCUAUGGCUCAGGAUGUGGCUGUGGUUAUGGCUCAGGAUGUGGCCAUGGCUAUGGCUCAGGCUGUGGCUGUGGCUGUGGCUAUGGCUCAGGAUGGGGCUGUGGAAAAGGCUCCUGCUGUGGCUGUGGAUAUGGCUCUAGCUCUGGGUGCUGUGGCUACUGGCCAUUUUGUUACAGAAGAUGUUAUUCUUCUUGCUGCUAG